CCAAAGGGACCCAACCUUGCAGCCUGAGCCACCCUCUCAAGUCAAACUCUUCCUCCUCCGGGGUUAUCAGCUCGCACUUCCUCUCCCCUGACAGCCCUCUGACUUUUUCAAAAUGAGGCAUCCGACUCGGCUUUUUUCCGCGAUUUGCAUACACACAUCUACUUCCUGGUGCGGAGCCUGUUCGGCAACUUUACCUGACAGAGCAAAGGAGGAGGAAAGAAGCCAGGAAAACCUCAGGGAGGGACCAUCUGUGGGGUGGAGAAGUGGAGGACGGAGGAGACCAGGCGGCCAAGUGGUCUGUCCUGCCCUGCUGAUCCCCUUUGGGGUCUAAAAGUUCAUUAUUGAAUUUUUCCCUUUAUGCAACUGGAGCAAGGUUUGAAGAAAUACUUGAAGUCAGCUCUACUGGAACUCAUUGUUAUUCUUCCAAACUUGGCAAGAAAAUUAACCAUGAAGAAUAUGUGCUUCCUCAAAUGAAAUGCAUUGAUUUUUGGACCAGAGAGCUGCACAGUUAACUCAAGGCAGCAAACAUAUCCCAUAAUCCUUCCUCUUCCUGUUGUGGUACCCGAACAUCUGAAGAACUCUAAGCUACCAUUUGCACUUGGUACUUAUUUCCAUAGAUUUCCUACAGAAUAUUGAAAUGACAUCCUUACAAGGCGCUACAAUGGGUCGAAGUAUGCCAGUUGAAGUGGAUGAAACUAUUGACUGGUCUCCAUUUCCAGAACAUUCACUGAAAGAGGCUUCGAACCCUUCUGUAGAAGUUAUAAACAACUCAAUGCCUAUGGGAUCUUAUCCACCUCAAACAUCUCAUCCGAUGAAUGGGCAACUAGGAUUCUAUAAGUACCUUGAUCAUGUCAAUUCUAAUAAUGGCAUACUAGAAACUUAUGGCCACAGUCUUCCACAAAACACCUAUGAUUCUAGAAGAGGACAAUUUCCUGGCCCAUCCAGCAACUCAACAGACCGUUCAGAAUGUAAUUAUUUGCCUCAACACAAAACAAACCAGCUCUUGAGAUCUCAACCAUUAGCUGAUUCUCUUGACAUCGGGCACAAUUCUAGUAAUUUGCAAAGAAGUUCAUCUGAAAUAUCACAGCAUUCAUUUGGUGAAAAUCAGGAAAAUGUAAAGCCAAACUGGCAGCACGAUAAUAGGGUGCCAAUAGACCUAAAGACAGAAGAUGCAGGAUACGAUUCUCAGCCUCAGGAUCCUCUGGGCAUUGGACAACCUGAGCUUCCCUUGUCCUUUACUUCUGUUUUGAACCUACAAGACCUUCCAAAGCCUCUGAUGUCCAGAGAAUAUUCACAGAUGGACUCUCAGUCAUACCCUUUAUUUCCACAGAUGCCCCAUCUUUAUAUUUCACCACAAGCUCAGUGGCGCCCAAGAUACUACAAUCAGAAUAUGUACUGCCAGAAUCCAUAUGGGCAAACCCCCUACCAACAUUUUGCACCUUCACCUCAAGUGCAGCUUCCUGUUCCUGGCCCUUGUGUAAGAGUCACCCGCCCUGCUCAGCAAAUAAUCCCACAUUAUUCUAGGCCAGAUGGACCCCAGUGUAAUGAAGAAAGGCUGCCUCAGGGGGAAAGCUCUUCCGAAGGACUUCAGAGAUUUCAUGACCAAUUUCAGAAGCAGAUGCUUGAGAGUAACACACCGUUCGAAAUAUACGGUGCCCAUGAGGGCGUAGAGAGAUUUCCUCUUGAUUCCAUGGCUCAGUCUGGAAGCAUGCCCACCCCUGGGGCUAUCCCAAGACCCCUGACUAAUUCUGCAGCCAGAGGGACACUGAGGACCAGCAAUUUGCCUGAAGAGCUACGUAAAGUCUUUAUAACCUAUUCUGUGGAUGCAGCUGUGGAGGUCAUGAAAUUUGUGAACUUUUUAUUUGUGAAUGGAUUUCAGACUGCGAUUGACAUAUUUGAGGACACCAUCCGAGGAAUUGAUAUUAUCAAGUGGAUGGAACGUUAUCUAAGUGAUACAGUAAUGAUAAUCAUAGCAAUCAGUCCAAAAUACAAACAGGAUGUUGAAAGGGCUGAAUCCCAGCUGGACAAGGAUGAACAUGGUUUACAUACUAAGUACAUCCACAGGAUGAUGCAAAUUGAAUUUAUACAACAAGGAAGCAUGAACUUUAGAUUCAUUCCUGUGCUCUUUCCCAAUGCAAAAAAGGAACAUGUACCUACCUGGCUUCAGAAUACUCACAUCUACCAUUGGCCUCGGAACAAAAAGAACAUUCUCUUGCGGUUGCUGAGAGAAGAGGAGUAUAUCGCGCCUCCAAUAGGACCUCUGCCCACUCUCCAGGUUGUUCCAUUGGGAGCACACAUCUGAAGCACACAUGGACUAAAUGUUGUACAAUUAUCUUGGCUGAUGGCCAGGGUUUUCCUGGCUACUCUUCUGGGUGAUGAAUGGCAUGUGCACCCUCUCCCCUUCCCACCACAAAUAGAAUUUGUCUUGGGGUGCAGCAAGCCGAUAUGUUUCCUUUCCUUCUGAAUGUCUCUUUCUGAUGCUGAUCAGGCACAUUGCUGCAUUUCAACAAACUGCAAAUGGAAAAAUGCAUUUCAUGGUUGUUGCUUUUCUUCUGUCUUGAACAACAUUCCAAGUCCGCAGCAAAGCAAACAAAUACUAGAAUGAGGCUGAAUAUGCAAAAAAAAAAAAAAACCCCACAAAAAAAACAGGAUACUCUUGUUGGCUCACAGCUCAUUUUGUUGUCAGACAGAUGGACAUAUAUUGUAAAACAAUAUUCCAAUGCUGUUUCAUGUACACGAUAAAGGAGUUACUUUUCA